ACAUCCAGAAGAAGCAGCCAGGAGAGGACUGCACCCCCAAGCCCAUCCAAAGCACUGGGAGUAGCCAAUCACCCAUUUUCAGUAGCGAGACGAGCAGUAGCAGUAGCCAGUCCCUAUUGUCGUCGCCGCCCUCUAGCUCUGAGCCACCAUCAACCGAAGAGCCCUCGUCAACGUUUCCCAGCACGAGGGAAGGCGUGUCGUCCACAGAAACAGCCCAGGGCACACUCUGCACACCCACAAAACGUCCACGAGAAUCAGCCUCAGGCUCAGAGAGCGAGGCGACGCCAGAGAAGCGGCCUCGGACAGACGAGAAAGAGGGGAGCAGCGAGGAGGCCCGCGGGACGCCCAAGCAGAAGAACCGCCGGCGCUGCUAUCGCUGCCAAACCAAACUAGAGCUGGUGCAGCAGGAACUGGGCUCCUGCCGCUGUGGCUACGUAUUCUGCAUGCUCCACCGUCUACCUGAGCAGCACGACUGCCUGUUCGACCAUCUGGGCCGCGGACGCGAGGAGGCCGUCCUCAAGAUGGUGAAGCUGGACCGCAAGGUGGGCCGCUCGUGCCAACGCAUCGGGGAGGAGUGCUCCUGAUUGGUCACGCUGUGUCCAGCCAUCCAGUUAAGAGAUGAGGCGCUUACUAAGAGGAGGAGGAGGAGGAGGAGGUGGAGGAGGAGGAGUGAGAGCAAGGAGGAAUGACAAAUGGGGUGAUGGGGGAGGGGGGGAGGGGAGGGAAGAAGAGGAGGAGGAGGGAGCACGGUCGUAACAUCCUGCAUCUGACCCGAAGAUUCUGGAUCUGAGCUUGACGCCGCCCUCUUGUCGACCCCGAUUUCCCGCCUGGAGCGUCUGUGCGGACUCGGCUCCGGGCGAGGCAGCUCGAGGCCAACAGGGGGCCCCGGUGGCCCCAGUGGCUGUUCUGCGGAGCCACGUUCAGUAUCGCAUGUUCACACACACAGCCUUAACCCCACCCCCGCCGUCUUCAGAGGGAGGACGCCGCAGAGACGGAUCCAGUCAGUCGUACAUCACGCACAUGGUUUCCUCCUCUUGCUCACGCUCCUUUUUUCAGAACAGGAAGUUACGGAUAACGAACUGUUGUAGCGUUCGGCUGAACUGAUCCGUUUGGAUUCUCAUUCAACUGAGUUAUUGUUUGUUGAUUUUUAUUUUUCCAUUUCUUGGUCGCGGGUGCGGGGUCCAGCUCUAUCCCACGACCAGUCCUCAGGUCGUCAUCAAGGGGUUGGAGUAUCAAACCUGUAACCCCACCUUCCUCUCUUUUUUCUUUUCCUUCUUCCACCAACAUUUAGGUCCAUGCACGGCAUCACCAAACGUUUUGUGCUCAUGCAUGGUACCAGCAGUGUAUUUGUGCAGGUUUGAGUGUGUCGUAUGGUAAAGUGAGGCAGUGCAAGGAUGCUGUCAUGGUUUGAUUUCAUUCUGUUUUGUUUUUCAUGUGGCCGUCAUGGUGAUUAGCUUGUUUUUACUUCUUUACCACGGUGUCGUGGAGGACAAUACAGCCAAUCCCUGCCUCUGCUCACAUGGACUGUUGACAAAAAGAAAAAAUACAAAUAACUAUUAAAAAAAAAAAUCAAAUAAAAACCACACUAAUGGACAAGAGUAACUCAGAUAAAUCCUCUGUGUAGCAGAUCCUCUUCUCCCUCUUCCCCUCCCCUUUUUUCAAUUUACUGAGUGGUACUGUUGUUCUUGAUACGUACGGGGGAACACGACUCAAUUCACGACUCUUCAAACGAAGAGUUCUUCGCCAAAACGUCAUGUAUUCAUCAAGAAAAAUUAUCUGAAGCUCAUAAUGGUCUCACAAGAGUGCGAAAGUGAAUACUUCAAAUUACUUACUAUCCUUGGAAUAGCUCUAUAAUUUAUUUCUUAUUUUGUGUUUUUUGUGAGUAGAAUCAGGCGUCAGAUCGGGGAACAUAAUUCUUAAUGUAUGAGUCGAUUAAAUCGAAGAGACGGGUUUUUCACGCAGUUUAAAUCAGUGAUGUCAUAUUGAUACGCAGCACGAGUGAACGUUUGUUUUGAAGCUAAGAAAUGAACCUAAAUUUAAAAAAUGACACCAGACAAAUGUCGGCAAAUCUUAAAACAAUUUCGGUUAAGUAACCAAACGUUGAUCGGUUUCUCUUCAGUUCAAUUCUGCUACUAAUGAACUUGAUCAAGUUGUGAGAUCAAAUGUGAACAUCCAAUGGUCCAACGUGCAUGUUUUUGUUUUUAUUCUUCUUUUGUUGGACCCGGUGGAGGUUGAGCGUCUUGUUGACGCCACAGUUUCGAACCACAGCCGCUCUCCGGGUCUGAUGAUGCUGCAGAAAUGACAUGUGAAUUCUCAAAUUGAGUUGUUUCUCCCUUUCCUCGAAUGUUUAGUUCUGUCUUUGUUUCUGACUCCGCUCUGCUGGACUCUGUGCUGUGCAUAUUGUUCAAAUACACCUUCCUUCCUUUUCCUCAAAGGGGCUGUUCUACCAACAUCAACUCUUUCUGUUUGACUUUUUCAAAGCCGAUAUUUGCUUCUUCAGAUUUUAAUUUGGUUUCAUCGUAGCCAUAUUCAAAGCUAUUUCUUUGCAGGAAGUCCAAUUUGAUUAUGUUGAAUUGCUGUUGUUUGAUUUUUAAUUGGAAGAACUCAGAAACAUGAAGCAGUAGAUUUCCUCGAAUGGCAGAAAAUUGUAUUUAUUUCCUUCUUUUGCAAAAUAACUAUGUAAACGUUGAUGGAGGUGAACAGCCUUUAUAACCAGACACCACUUAACUAUGCUAAUCCUCAUGCACACGUUAUCGUUUCUUCUCUCCCUCAUCUCCUACCACGCCCCCUCCUCCCGUCUUCUCCAAUGAGAACGCAGUGAAGGAUAAAGGGAGUCAGGAGAAACUGGCUGGUUCUUAUUUUGAUAUUUGAAUAUUUGACAAAACUUGUUCCUUUGUUUUUGUUUGAGUGCUAAUGAGAAAUGGAAGAAAUUGAGUAUCUUUCUGUACCUUUUAAAGAAAAUUAUUUAACCUUAUAUCAGUUUGAGUUACUUAACACCCUAUAGCAUAGAGUGGCAUAUUUAGUUAAAUGUAUUAAAAAAAGCAAGACCAUAAUUCUGUCAUAUUUCUCCUUUAAUUUUAUCGUGUUCCAUUUUCUGCUGAGGAAAAUAAACUGGAUUAGAGGA